AUGUUAAACAAUUUUUUUUUUGAACACAAUGAAAUUCAACUUCUAUCAACUGUUGGUAUAUUUGUGACAAUGAAUCCAGGUUAUGCUGGUCGAACAGAAUUACCUGAAUCAGUUAAAACUUUAUUUCGACCUGUUGUUGUUGUUGUUCCCGAUAUGCAAUAUAUUGGAGAAAUAAAAUUAUUUGCUAAUGGAUUUAUACACGCAAAGAUUUUAGCUAAAAAAAUGGUAACAUUAUAUCGUUAUGCAUCAGAAUUACUUAGUAAACAAAAAAGAUUUUAUUCUGAUUGUAGUGGAGGAAAGACAGUGGUGUUAAACACUUUGGCGGAAUCACAAACUCAAAUGGAAAUGAAAACAAAUUUGUAUACAUUAAAUCCAAAAGCAUUAAGUGUUAUUGAAUUAUAUGGUACACUUGAUCCAUUGACACAUGGCGAUUUAAAAUAUGCAUCACCAGCAACUGUAUCACGUUGUGGAAUGAUUUAUGUUGAUCCAGAAAAUUUAGAUCAAUUAGAUUUACUUUAUGAUCGUUAUACAAAAAAUAUUUUAAAUUUUAUUUAUCAUGGUUUAACAGAAACUGGACAAAGACCAAGAAUGAAAACGAUUGUUCCAUUUGUACAAUUAACAAAAUUACUUGAUUCAUUAUUUUUACCAUUAAUUAAUCAUGAGAAAAAAGAUCAAUUAGAAUUAAGUUCUGAUAAAAUUCAUGCUAUAUUUCUUCAAGCAUUUAUUUGGUCAUUUCGUGUUUGUCUUAAGCAAGAAGAUCGUAUCGUAUUAGAUAUAAUUAUUCAAUAUUUAUCAGCUCUUUCAACUGUAUCAAUAGAUUUAAAAGCUAAAUCAGGACAAUUACCUAAUGAAAAACUUCUAUUAUUUGAUUAUAUAUUUCAACCAGAAUUAGAUCAAUGCAUUAAAUGGAAUGAUCUUAUUCUAAAAUAUGAAAAUGAUCGAUCAAAACGAUUUACUGAAUUACUUGUUCCGACUAUUAAUACAAUUCGUUUAGGUAUAAUAAAAACAAAAAACAAUAUUGAUUUAGAAUGGUUAAUUAAAUCUAUGAUAAUCAUUCAUCAACCUGUUUUAUUCGUCGGUAAUACUGGAUCAAAAAUUCAAGAAAUAAUUCCAAAUAUAAUAAAAUAUACAUUACAAAUCUAUGAAGAUAUUCUUCGAUUAUUUCUUCCAACACCAACAAAAUUUUAUUAUAUAUUUUCAUUACGUGAUCCUAGUCGAAUAAUACAAAGUCUUUUACAAACAGCACCUGAAAGAUUUAAUACUAUUAAAAGAUUUUUACGUAUUUGGUUACAUGAAUGUAUUCGAAUAUUUUCUGACCGAUUUAAUGAUAUAAAAGAUAAUGAAUUAUUUAAUACAAUUGUACAAAAUAUUAUUGAUAAUAAUUCUUUAUUAAAAUCUCAUCGAAAUUAUUUAUUUCGAAAACCAAUUUUAUUUCCUGAUUAUCGUACAAUAUUACAAAAUGAUGAAGCAAAAAUUUAUGAAGCUUUACAAGAUUAUCAUGCUAUAAAAUCAAUAUUUGAUGAAAUUAUUUUAAAAUAUAAAGAUAAAUAUGGAUAUAUUGAUAUUGUUUUCCCUCUACUGAAAGAAGGAUCUUACGCCGAAAUGAGUUGA